AAAAAUUGAAAUGGUUUCGUCUGGCAUCUGAAUUAAACAAAGCGAGAGGCGAUACAGUUGAUUCGAAUGCUUCAUCGUCUACUUUGAAUCCCCUGUGCUAAUGCUAGAUAUGGAUCUCCGUCUUCUUCUACAGUCUCUCACUCCCUCAUCGCAAUCUGUUUAUGUGCUGGUGUUUUACUUCGUUUACUUGGCCGUUGCUGGAGAAAUUCUUCCCGGAAAAGUUAUUCGCGGCGUACUUUUACCAGAUGGCUCCCAGCUUCGUUACCGAUGCAAUGGUCUAUUCGCACUAACAUUACUGGUCGCUAUUUUGGGAAUCUGUGCAAAACUCGGCAUUGUAUCACCUCUUGUGGUCGCUGAUAGAGGGCUUGAGCUACUCUCAGCUACUUUUAUCUUCUGUGUUUUGGUGACAUUAGCAUUGUAUGUUACUGGUCGCAGUUCCUCGGAUAAGAGUUCUUCCCUUAAGCCUCAUGUCUCCGGAAAUCUUGUACAUGACUGGUGGUUUGGGAUUCAGCUGAAUCCUCAGUUUUUGGGCAUCGAUCUUAAGUUUUUCUUUGUCAGAGCCGGGAUGAUGGGAUGGCUGCUUAUCAAUCUCUCUAUUCUGGCAAAAAGUGCGCAGGAUGGUUCCUUGAGUCAGUCGAUGAUUCUUUACCAGAUCUUCUGUGCGUUAUAUAUAUUGGACUACUUUGUUCAUGAAGAAUACAUGACCUCUACGUGGGACAUAAUUGCAGAGAGGUUAGGCUUCAUGCUGGUGUUUGGAGAUCUCCUGUGGAUUCCUUUCACUUUUAGCAUUCAGGGCUGGUGGCUUUUGAACAACAAAGUAGAGCUAACAGUUCCUGCUAUUGUAGCCAAUUGCUUUGUGUUCUUGAUAGGGUACAUGGUUUUUCGAGGGGCUAACAAACAAAAACAUAUCUUUAAAAAGAACCCUAAAACCCCUAUAUGGGGUAAGCCUCCAGUGGUCGUUGGAGGAAAGUUGCUGGCUUCAGGCUAUUGGGGAAUCGCAAGGCACUGUAAUUACCUUGGCGACUUGAUGCUUGCUCUGUCCUUCAGUUUGCCCUGUGGAAUAAGUUCUCCAGUUCCAUAUUUCUACCCGAUAUACCUCCUGAUACUGUUAAUAUGGAGAGAACGAAGAGACGAGGUUCGAUGUGCAGAGAAGUACAAGGAGAUCUGGGCUGAGUAUCUUAGACUUGUCCCCUAUAGAAUCCUUCCUUACGUCUAUUAACUCUGCCAAGUCUUUAAGAUUCGUUCUCUCGUGUCUUUCUUUCAUAUUCUUGUUUCAAUGUGAAAUUAUAAAGGUUUCACUAUGGCUUUUAGCAAUGUUUAGAUUGAUGCUUUGAUGAACACGUUUGAGAAUUCCACUUUUAUUAUCUGGCAUGGAAAUCAAAAUGUUCCGAACCUCCUUAAAACUAGCUUCAUUUUGUUGUAACUAGCA